UCGAACGUCGUUAAUUGUUAGCUGCCAGGCGAAUCAACAUGAAGCACCAACAGGUGGUACCGGACUACGCGGCCAUGGUGCAAACUUCCGGCACCUGCCUGUGCUUGGUGUUUUGCGGAUGGGUUCUAUUCAAGCUGGUGCAGGCCGUCUUCUGGUUGCCGGGAUAUCUCGAGAAGAACCAAGGACGUUUGUAUCAAAAGUUGGAGCCUCCCAGUCCGACAGAAGAUGAUUCGCAACAGGAGAGGAAAGCGGAUGGUGAGGGCGUACAACGCAGCAAGCCUGGGGGUGAUCGAUCGAUGAAAGAAGAGUCAGAAAAUGCUGAUGGCACGAUCGAAGAAGAGCAGGAGGAUGACGAGAUAGAGGAGAAUAGCGACAGAGAAGCGAAUGAUAGUGAGGAUAGUGAAAGUGACAGUAAAAAGGAUAAAUAAGGGAUCCUAUCU